CCCUCUCGUGUUCGCUUCUCGCACGCAGGCCAGAUCGGACGGCGACCGGAUUGCCCUCUCGAAACAUUGCUCGAGCGACGGGGAAGGAAGCAUCUCUCGUCUCUUUUCCCGUCCUCGGCGACGGUCAUUCAUGCCGUUUGGCUCUCAGUUUACACUCAAUAGGAUUUGAAAACAGUGUUCAUUUCAUAAGAUAUGGAGCAGCUGCGGUUUUGGUUGAAUCGCCCAAAGUGUUGGAUUCUCUCUUUCCAGGAAAUGCUUGAUUGGCGGUUUUUUGUACUUGGAGAUUUUCUUCUGGUAUCCUUUGUGAAUUGCACAUAGUUGUCAGCUUUUUGGAUGAAUAGUAGAAGAGGAAUAAUGCGAGGUUUUUAUAGCGUAGGAGGCGGAUCAUCAGUGCAUUGUACCAGUGCAUUUCCAUUUCAGCUUCAUGUGAAAAUUUCUGAGAGAAGUCAUGAUAGGGCUGAAUCCAGCACCUAAAAUCUAUAUCUUCUUGGGAGCAACGUUUCUGGAAGUUGGUGUAUUGGAACAGAAGAUAGUCCUAUAGAGUGCAGGAUGGUUUGUUUGACCAGAUACUUGUCAUUGAACAUCUGCAAAGGGGUUGUGUGGAUGAGAUAGCUCUCGCUGUGGUUGAGCUCUUGGAUACUACUUCCAGAUGCAGUAUCCCUCAAUUGAGAGGCAAUCCUUUUAGUUGGGUGUCAUCGGUUCAGCAUGUUCGAAGGUGUCUGUCCUUUUCUGCCAUUGCAUUGUCACGGGUAUCAAGCAUUUCAGCUCAAUAAUUAAUAAAGCUGGGAAAUCUGUCUGACAGAGUACUUCAGGUGGCACAAUUGUGGCUUGUGCCUUCCAGUACGAAUGGUGGAUUCAGCUAGAUGAGCAACAGUGUUUAUCUGUAGUAUAUAGAGUUAAUCAAGUGUCAUCUGCUUGUAAUUGUUAUACUUCCUGGGAAGUUCGUUUAAUUUUUGCGUUCUGGAAUAAAGAAAGAGCCUUAAUCUAUUUCGGUUGCUUCGCAUCUGGAAGAAUGGAGAGGUACAAAUUAAUAAAAGAAGUUGGUGAUGGAACAUUUGGAAGUGUUUGGCGAGCUAUAAAUAAGCUGUCUGGUGAAGUUGUUGCAGUGAAGAAAAUGAAGAAGAAAUAUUAUUCAUGGGAGGAGUGCAUAAACUUGAGAGAAGUGAAGGUGUUACAGCAUAGUACUUGUCUUUUGACCCACUCAUCCAACACUUCUAUGCCGUUAUUAAUUGGAAUAUCUUUUUUAUGGCAGUCAUUGAGGAAGUUGAACCAUCCAAACAUCGUGAAGCUUAAGGAAGUCAUCCGGGAAAAUGAUAUCUUAUAUUUCGUGUUUGAGUACAUGGAGUUCAACUUAUACCAGCUCAUGAAAGACAGAGAAAUAUUUUUUUCUGAAACAGAAAUCCGAAAUUGGUGCUUUCAAGUAUUUCAAGGUCUUGCAUACAUGCAUCGGCGCGGGUACUUUCACCGUGACCUUAAACCAGAAAACUUGUUAGUUACGAAAGAAACAAUUAAAAUAGCUGAUUUUGGCCUUGCUCGUGAAGUAAAUUCACGGCCACCAUACACUGAAUAUGUCUCAACACGCUGGUAUCGAGCUCCCGAAGUCUUGCUUCAGUCAUUUGCAUAUGGUCCUAAAGUUGAUAUGUGGGCGAUGGGUGCCAUCAUGGCUGAAAUGUUCAACCUGCGUCCACUUUUUCCAGGCAGCAGUGAAGCAGAUGAGAUAUACAAAAUAUGCAGUGUAUUAGGUAGUCCUACCCGAGACUCUUGGACAGAAGGUCUUCAUCUUGCAAAGGCCAUUAAUUAUCAGUUCCCCCAGUUUUCUGGUGUUGAUCUUUCUAUGGUGAUACCACCUGCAAGUGAACAUGCUAUUAGUCUUAUAAAGUCACUUUGUUCAUGGGAUCCCUGCAAGAGGCCAACAGCAGCUGAAGCAUUGCAGCAUCCUUUCUUUCAGAGUUGCUUUUAUGUUCCACCAUCUCUUCGUGUGAGAGCAGCUGUUCCGAGGACACCUCCUUCAGUUGGAGCUAGAGCACCUUUGCAGCAGCAAAAUACUAGAAGAACAGCUGUUGUAGCCAAUUCAAAGCUCUCUGGCAACCUUUCAUCACCAAAACAACAGCCUGUGAUCAGAGGUCGCAUAACUUGUGUUGAAAGGAAGUUAAACAUGGGCAGUGAGAAGGAUGCAAAUCACAACAAGUCAUCAAGUACCUUCAUCAAACAGCAAAAAUAUCGACCACCAGGGAAGAACAGCCCUUCCUCUAUAAACAAGGGUGGAACAGCAAGUGCAGUUGUGGGUGCAGCACAAAAGAUGGCAAACAUGUCUCUCAGUUCCCGAAAGGAUGGUGCCAUACCGCGUGUGCCGCACCCUAUGAAGGCCGGAGGAUGGCGUGGUGAGCCUGGCGAUAUGUUUCGCAGGAAGCCAAACGAGAUUCCACCUGGGCGUGCCUUUUCGCGGAAGGUCACAGGAUAAGAUGGUUAGCUCUUUUUAGGGUGUUCAACAGUGGAUGGUAUCCAAAUAAAGUAAAGAUGUUUCGCUGGUUGUGCUCUGUGAGUUUGAUGAUUUGACCAAAUGCUUCUUCGGUUAUAUAAUAUAUGAAUUGACUGCGCUUGCUUUA